GUAUCCCCAGUGGGGAAUGGUUAGCAAACGAUUAGCAUAGCAUUACUGUAAGAUUUCAUUGUUUUUCACGUCAGUUUGCUACAUAAUGUGGAUUCAAAGCAAAUAGCACGGAGGAUGACAUCAUGGUUCGCCAAUGCCAUUUAAAAGGUGACCUCUUGCUGGUUUGAGCACAUAACCUGCACCAUGGGAAGGAGAUAUUACUGUGACUACUGUGACCGGUCCUUUCAGGACAACAUGCACAACAGGAAGAAACAUUUGUUUGGUGUUCAGCAUCACAGAGCUAAAAAGGCCUGGUACGACUAUUUCAGAGACUCCUCAGCUAUUCUGUGUGAUGAGCAAUUAAAGAAACCCUGCAGGAAGUUUCUCCAAAAAGGAAUAUGUGAUUUCGGCCCUAACUGCAGGUUUUCUCACAUGUCUGAAGAAGAUAUGUUUCACCUACAAAGACAGGUGGAAGAUGAAAGACGUCUCAGAGAGGGUGCUGUAGACAGCAGGAUGCCGGGGCGCUGUGUAGAGGACUGGCUCUCCAGAAGGGAAAAGAGGCGAAGUGCCCUCGGUAACCAGGGAGAUCUAAAAGAUAAGGACGUCAGUGAAGAGGUCCAAGAAGAAAGUGACAUACCUCCACAGCUCCUCUCCGUCCAUGACCUCCCACCCUCUCUUCUUCCUCCUCCUCCCAGCGGGUGGAAAGGCAAAGUGAACUCAGAAUGGGGCUGACUGAUAUUCACUUUGUGGUUCACAUCGCUGUUAAGCUGGUGUGCAACAUUGGUAGAAUGAAAUGUACAGAAUACAUAUGAGAUGUCUUUUGUAGUUUUAAAUGAGAUAUUUAAUUGAUUCAUUCAUAGGAAGGUAAACCUGGAAUGACAUACAGGCGGUGCAUAAUGAAUCUCAUGAUUGACAUUUUGGCAGUCUGUUGUUGAUUGCUUCGCUAAUGUGAAGUCGAGUGCCUUUACCAUGAGACUCCCCUAAGGAGUUACAUUUGAUGUCAUGAA